GCAGCAAAUUGCAGCCAAUGGAUUACAAAAGCAUGGUAUGGAAACUCUUCAUUAUCAGCAACAACUUGCCAGUAAUCCUUUUAAGUUAAAAUUUCAUCAUAAUACAUCAACAUCUAGCUCUGACUUACCAAGGGGAUCAGUACAAGUUCCAGGUUCAAAUUUGGCAGGAAACUAUUUAGAAGAGUUGCCCGAAGAAAUAAUGAAAAAGCUUAAAGGUAUUAAGGAUAUUAAUUUACAAAACAAUCCUUGGAAAAUGGAAUUUGUUUGUAAAUAUGAUAAGUGGUGCAUAAAUCUUAAUAAAACUAACACAAUGGAUAUAAAAUGCCCUAAUUGGUUCACUUAAACUGAUUUUAUUAAAAAACUGUUUAUAAUGUAUUUUAAUGAAAUUGGA